AUGAUAAAAGUAAAGAGUUCAGGCAAUAUGGAAGCAGAUACAGCUAAGUACUUCCUAGAAGCCAUGUUGUUAUUAAGAGAUCGGUUCAAUGAAUCAAAAUCGAUAAGCGUUGAAGCUCAAGGUUAGGACAUCUGUGUGGCAACUUGUGUGUUAGAAUUAUUAAAGAAUUAAUUUCCUAAUAAUAAAAAUUCGAUAAAUACAAGUGGCAGUAUCAAAGACGUAUAAGACUGUGAAGUGAGUGGAUUAAAAAUAGACUUUUAAGUAUUAGAUUUUGGAAAUGAUGUGUACAAUCCAAUGAAUUACGUUGAAAAGUAUCUGCAAUAAUUAAUUCAAUAUGAAAAAUCAUAGAAACCAAAUAAUAACGAGGUUACAAAACCAAAAUAAAAUUAAUAAUAGCAAUAAUAAUAACAAUAAAAGAAGCAACAAGUCUAAGUAGAAUAGGGUUAACAAGUGGAUACAAAUACAUAGGAUGAUAUUUACAACAAAUGGAGUAAGCCAAAAAAUAAGAAUUAAUAGAGAAUACCUAAGAAUUACAAUGGGAAUGAUGAAGACUUGGAGACAGAUGGAUUGCAUGGAUUUGCUUAAGCUUUUGAUUAAAAAUAGGGGAGAAAUAAAAACGAGAGGAAGAAUUAAAAUAGAAGAAAUUAGAAUAUGUAAGAAGAGGUUGAUUUUUCUGAGUAGAAUUUUAUACGAGGAAAUAUAAAAUUUAGAGGAGGAUUAAAAAAUUGAU